AUAAGGAUGCGUAGAACUGGCGACCAAAGCGACGGCAGCAGAGGUGGCAGUGAAUUCCAUCCGAGUUGUUGCUUCGUCGCGUAGAGUACUGUGGCAUUUUCAGUUCAUUUAACGAUGAAGCAUCCGUCAUGGACUCUACCGACAUGCCUCAUCGUAAUCCUUCUCUACGAGCCGGCAUUGUCACAGUUACAGGAGGACGACGCGGACCACUCCCAUGCCUCGCACUUUCCUUGGGCAAGGAUGAACGCCACCGCUACGGACCUGGUCUUCCUCCUUGACCGAUCCGGGAGCGUGGGCCACGCCGGCUUUGAGACAGAGCUGACGUUCGUGGACAGCUUCGUCAGUCACUUCGACGUGAUGGCCAAUGCCACGAGAGUCGCUAUCGUCUCAUUCAGUGACACGGCUGUCGUGCAUGCCGACUUCCUCAAGGAGCCUGGAAACAAAUGUCAGCUAUCGAGGCUCAAGCAACGCGCAGCCAACGUAGCCGACUAUCACGGCACCAACACGGGCGCCGGCCUACAAGAAGUUCGAAAGAUAUUCCAGAACAGCCGGGAGCACGCGGCCAAGGUUCUCCUCUUAGUGACAGAUGGCCUUCCGACAGUGGGUCCAGAUCCGGUGACAGAGGCGAACCACCUAAAGGAUGCUGGAGUCGAGAUCUUCGUAUUCGCCAUUGGAACAAGCAUCAUGAGGCGAGCCCUCGCAGAUAUUGCGUCGUCCCCAGACCACCUGUUCGAAUGUGAAACCGUCAUGGAGUUCCUUAGAAGCUUCGACCCGGAUGGCGCCACACGACGAUGGACCACGUGGGAGAGCCCACGGAACUGCGACGGUCUCUGCAAGAGCCCGUACCGCGGCCAAGAGGACGACCCGGGUUGCUGCAAAAGGAACGCCGUGUGUGGCUGCGACCUGGCAACGGGAGCUAGUGCCUGUCUCUGUGGACCUGGUUUCUACGGGGACGGUCUUCAUGGGCAAUGCACGCCCUGCAAGCCGAACACCUACAAGGAGACCUACUUCGACGAGCGUUGCCAAGCGUGCCCCGCGAACAGCGAGAUGAGAAACGAGGGCAGCCGUUCGCUUAAGGACUGCAAGUGCAAGACAGGCUACGUCGGUGAUCCAGCCAGCGGAAAGCCCUGUGUCCCGCUCUCCUGCCCUCCCCUCCAGGCUCCCGAGCACGGCUACCUGGAGGAGAAAUGUGACACUUCGUACAUGGGCGAAUGCUUACUCGGGUGCCACGAAGGGUACAGAUUGCAGAGUGGCGAGGAUGACGCCGACAUAAGGACCUGCCAGGGCGACGGCACAUGGAGUGGAAACACGACCGUGUGUCUAGUCAAGACCUGUGACACGUCUCCUGCGCCAAAGAACGGUGGCUACACCGGCUGCAAGGCACCCUGGGAGCUGAACGACACCUGUUUAAUCCACUGCGAGAAAGGCUUCAAUCUCAACGGUCGUCGUUCCAGGACCUGCAAAGAUGGCGGCUGGUCUGGUGACGAUGUCGUCUGCGAACACGAAGAAAAGCCCCAGGUCAGGCGCUGUCCCUAUGACAGAGACUUCAACGCGACGGACGACGAGGCUAGAGUCUAUUGGGAGCUGCCACUCUUCGCUGACAACUCCGUUAUUUCACUCUCGAGGAACCGAACCGAAAGCCUGGUUCCAUGUUCGGACUUGGAACUCACAGGAUCACUUACACAGCACGGGAUAAGAGUGGAAACAGCGCUACUUGUGUCUUCCACAUCAACGUGUGGCGUGAGCAGCAAGUGUCCUUUCCACCCUGCUCCCUUAAACGGGGCGUUGGCGUGUGAUGACCAGUACUACGGCCAGUUCUGCCAGGCCCUCUGCGAUGACCGGUUUGAGUUCUUGAGCAAACCGGCAGAUGCGUACAUAUGCGACGACAGCCUGCAAUGGAAGACCCUACCACGGGACAUGCCUGUGCCCUGGCCUGACUGUGCACUAAAGUCGCUUCCGACGCAAGCCAGGAAAUUGUACCAUGCUUACUACUACUACCACGGUGACUGCAAGGAUCCCAUCGUACAGAACACCAUAAGAAGAAUCUUCAUCAAAAACUUCGAGAGGACGACGAAGAAGACCUCGAAGUGCGGCUUGGCAAAUAAGUGUCAAAUAAACACCGUUGGAGUGUCUUGCGGCAGAGUGAUGGAGCUGGGCAACACAGAGGACCACAGCGACGGUUCCUGGCUGCGUACGAGAUUGGCUAGGAGUGUGGUCGACGAACCCACGACCAAUGCCUCGAUCGCGGCCGUAGAUGCCCAAUUUGUCCUCGAUGUCAGCAAAGGAAACGCAGUCGCCUUUGAAAACGACACCGAAAGGCUCGCCGCAGCAGUGGACGAAAUUCUGCGUGGAAUCGGCGAAAUCGACCCAUCCGUACUAGAGCAAGUAGCCGACGAGGACCGCGUGACCGUGGAUAUGCGCCUGAAAGAAUAUUACACAGAAGACUAUGCAGUCGUCUGCGCAGACGGAGAAGCGCUGAACAGCGACGGAGACUGCGUCAAGUGCCCGAAAGGAUCCUUUCACGACCGCGAAUUGGGCUACUGUGCUCCCUGUCCUACGGGCACCUACCAGGACCAAGACGGCGCCGUGACCUGCAAGCCAUGCUCUGAAGGAGCCGUGACCAUCGAUUCCAAGAGUACGAGUGCUCAGGAUUGCCAGGCACCCUGUCCUCCGGGCACGUUCUCCAGGAAUGGGCUUGGGACUUGCCGCGCCUGUCCUCCGGGAACGUAUCAAGACCAGUACCAGCAGGUCCAGUGCAAAAUCUGCCCCGCGGGAUCUUCAAACAAUGCCUACGGCAGCGCUCAAAUCACCGACUGCAAAAAAUACUGCGAGCCCGGAACUUACUCGGAGAGCGGAAUGGAACCGUGCACGCCGUGCGAGCGAGGCUUUUACCAGGAAAUGAGGGGUCGUAAAUCGUGCGUCGAAUGCCCGGUUCCGAAAACAAACCUGAACGAAGGGUCACGCUCGAGUCAUGACUGCGUCGAAAUGGACCAUUGUGCCUCACACCCUUGCACAAAUGGAACGUGUGUCACUCGCCAGCACGACUUCGUCUGUAAACAACACCGAGAUGAUGACGCAACAGAAACGUAAACCUUUGACACACUAAGUGAUCUUUGUCAAGCCACGAAAGAUUGGUUAGCUUUGCAAUAAAAACUUCAGCUGUAGCAGGCAAUA